CUUCCAUGGGAGCAAUGGUGGUCGACAGACCAGUCAGCCCUUGUCGGUUCGCUUCAAGACGGAGGUGGCAUGUCACCUGCCUCUGCGCAGACCAAUUUCCUGCCCGGCGGAUACGCGUGUGGCUACGGCACCAACUCUCUGGGCUAUUCGACUUGGCCGAGCCCAAACACUGAAUACACUCCUAUGGCCUCCGCCCGAUCGCCACGAGAUUCAGAACAUUCAAAAAGUCACCGUGACAGCAGCGGCAGCAGAAGUAGUAGCAAGCACAACGGCAAGAAUGCCAACAAGGACAAGAAUAGCAACAAGAGCAACAGCAAGAACAAGGAAAGCAAGAAUGACGACAGGAGCAACAACAGAGAGGGUGCUACCGGUUUGAAUUCGGGAGGAGACAGCCAGCGCAACAAACGGAUUCGGCCACGAAACCGAACCGCUUCCAGAAAGUUCCGAGUCAAGAAGAAGGAAGACGCGUUGAAACUCAAAUCCGACGAGGAAGAAAUAGAGCGCAUCAACCGCGACUUGUCCAGCCGCGUGGCCGACCUUACCCACGAUGUCUACUUGCUCGAGAUGCAACUUCUACAACACGCCGACUGCAACUGCUCGAUGAUCCAAGACUACAUCACACACAAAGCCCAUCGCUACGUCAUGGAGAUCAAGGAACCGUCUCCAAAUGAAGGCCACCAUCAACGGACUUAAAUUUCAAAUCUUUGUAAAAGGGGAGUGAACCGAACGCCUGCAAUGCCGACGCAAACACGACCACGACCA